GGGAGAGACUGAGAGAGAGUAGGAGGAAUAAAAGAUAAAGAGUUUGUCUGCAAAUCAGCAUCAAAAGUGGAUGCAUUUUGUCAGCGUUUCAUCAGCACAGACCCUUAUGUUUCUUGAAAUUGGGGGUGUCUAAAGAUAUUCUUGGAGUCAUCUAACAGCAUUGGAAACCACCCAGUAGUUACCCAAUCAGCAUGAUGCCACAAGUCUCCUUUGAACCCUAAACCAAUUUACUCAUCACAAUAUCUCAGAGAACUUAUAAAUACAGCUUAACUGCGAUACCAGUCCACAAUGUUCUCUGAAAAUUUCUCAAAUGAUCUUAUAUUUCCCGAUAAGCACAUUUCCACCUAGCUGAUUUUAUUACUAUAUAAAAAAAACAACAGUGUAAACAAGAUUAUUGGCAUUUUCCCACAACCACUAAAUGAGUCAUUUUAUUGAGGGGUAGAAGUGUUUAGGUCAAAAGUGAUGCUACAAAACUACUGUUGUCGCCAUGGCAAAUAAGAAUAAUUCCUCCUCAGUUUUAGAGACUCUAGAUUCUGUGCAAAAUUGCAAUGAACAGUCAUCUGAGCCCAUUUUUAAAACCCCCUCUCCCUUUUGGAAUCAGGAUUCAGUAUUCAGAAGACCUAAGCAUCUACGGGAAUCCACACCUGAUGUUGCCACAGAUGCAUUUACCCUCUAUCCAUACAGGUGUGAUGUAGCUUCCAUCUCAAACCCUGAGCUCUCUUGUGUUAUAGGAGCGAAUCAGAUCCACCCUUCAUUGAGUCUGAAUUUGUCUAGUAGCAGAUAUCUCACACCUUCAUCAAAAAUACUAGUAAAUGACCCAAAUAGGCUGCAUAGCAUUGGAAGAGGCACAUCAUAUUUGAGUUAUUUAACUUCUGAAGUAGGAGAUGGAUAUGCCAAAGGCUUUAGAAAUCUGCACGGGUCACAGAUUGACCAGUUUCCAGCUUACUACAGAGGGGUUGUUAGGGAUCUAAGAAGAGAUAUUCUAAGUGAGGAUAUCAAAAUGGGCAUGGAGACACAGAGGUAUUCGCAUUGGUACCAUGGACCAGAGAAGCAGAGAAUUAUCCACAGGUCCAAGAGAGACCAUGAGAAGCUUUAUGUGAAAAACAACCCAUUUCUAAGUUCUUUUCUAUAUACAGAUUCUCAUAAAGAAUAUUUCAAAGACAGUACAGAGAACAACCAUCACCAAAUGCUCACUUUGGACCACUCUAAACAUUACGUGCCUGAAGAGUCAAAGUGGGACGAUGAAAAGCAAACAAGAGAGGAGCUACUGGUCUGGAGAGGAAAUGCAGAAAAACACAAUCGCCAAACGAACUCUAGCACUCAUUCUAAAUCAUCCUCUUCUGCUCUAUGUGUUCUCCAUCGCUUUGUAGAAGGUUCACUGGUGGAGCUUGAGGGUGGUCGACUGAAGCGUGUGGAGGAUUUAAAGAUGGAGGAUUUGGAGCAGUGUGCUGAACUACAUCCUGAGCUGAGACUGAGACGUUUGAUUGUGUUAAACAUCACACCCUCACACACACCUGAGCUGUCAUGUUUACAUGUGAAGCUUGAGCAUGAUCACUCACAGUUGUCUCUGGAGGUGAGUGAGGGGUUGCCCUUCUUUGUAUGUGGACGUGGCUGGUCCUCCUGUAACCCUCAACACACAAGUCAAACCUGCAGACUACACUGCCACCAACUAAAGGUGGGUGACAUGUGCCUAGCACUGACACAUGUGCCAGCCCCACCAGCACAGACUACCAAUCCAAGCCCAGCUGAAGUGAGCAGUGGUCACAUGGUCCCAAAGUGUGAAACCGAAAUAAAGACCACACUGCUGAGAAAGAAUAAAUCACGAAAGAGACACUUGACAGCACCUGAGCUCAGGGAAAUUUCCAAGAUAUACCACAUCAAAGAUUGAAAAACUACAGGUUGCAUUGUAUAUUGUAAACUUAUAACAAAUCCCCUUUUUUCCUGAUCAGUUAUCCUCUAAUAAAAUAAUUUUUACUUUUUCUUUGUAUUGCAGAUAACUGUAUGUACAUUGUAACUUAUACAUAUUGCAAUUUCCAUCUACAUACUAUUUGUACAUUUGUACAUACUGUAUGGCAACCUACUUACAAUGUGAAAUUACCAAAGUACAACAACAAAGGGGUUUCACAGUAGUGCAAUGUUAUUUUUAUGUUUUCUAGUCACCAUAAUGUUCUUAUGAAAGCAGGAUCUCGCCACGGAAUAAAGAAAUAAAAGAGGUAAUUCUCACUUUAUAUCUCACAUUCAUGACUUUAUUUUUUGUAAUUGUGAGAAAUAAUUUCAAGAUAUAAAGUAAAAAUUGCAUGAUAUAAAGUUGGAAUUGUGUGAUAUCAAAUCGCAAAUGCGAGAAAUAAAGUCAUGCGACUUGGUCUCGCAAUUGUGACUUAAAGUGGUCAUGACAUGAGGAAUUACAUUUUUUUUUAAAUAUAUUUUUACAUAUAAGAGGUCACUGAACAAUAAAAGCAUACUGUAAGUUGUAGAACUCAAAAGUUCCUCUCCAUUCCAAAAAAAAGCAUUUAUUGUUUCCACCCUGCUAAAACGACUCGAGGUAGAUUCCCUAGCUGGCGAACAUCACUUAUUUCCUGACACAGGAUGCGUAUUGAAGUCGGGAGAUCAAACAGGGGAAUCCCCGGGCCGACCGUCCCUUAUAACACUCUCAUUACAGCUUGAUACACAUUUAUUACACAAUCGCAGUUUGCGUUUGACUAUUUUCGCUGUUUAAAUAGCGUUAUUUUAUCACCAAAUCUUGUAUGCCUGAUAAUUAUUGAAAACAGUGGGAUGAUUUUGUUCAGUUUUCUUUUGUUAUUUCAGUUGAACAAGUGUUGUAGUUUGAUUGUGUGCUUUACAUAAAUUGGGACCAAUGUCAUACCUUCAUAUCAACGAUUGCCUGGACUAAGUGCUUUUUGGGGAUUUCGUAAAUCGCUUGCAAAUUGUUAUUUUUUAAUUCUUGGAAAUUACAGUUUCACACUUGUAAUGGCGGGAGGGUGUUUGCUUUUCAACGCUGU